GUCAAACGCUCUGGCUGAUGUGGGUAUCGGGGUUUGGCUCAUGAAAGAACAAUCUUUAAAAAAGUCGGUAUGUCUAAUGAAGCGCAACACUGUUCUGAAGCUCACGCUUCAAGUUGUGUUGUAUUUCUAUCCCUUGGAAGGCUCCCGUCUGUAAUAUUCAGUGUCAUUUUGUUGUCAAUCUCUCUUUGACCUGUAAAUUGUCAAGGAAGCUGUAGGGCCUAGCACUUUUCAGCAAGCCGACGGAAUUCAACGAUCUGAUCUCGAUCGAACGACGAUGUCGAAAUUAAAAGGUUGUGCUUCACUCGGGGCUUCACUGCUGCACGUAUGGUGGAUGGCAUUCUUGUUCCAUAUUUGUCUUGGCAUCGGUCGUGGCGUACCGAAUUCAGCACCCGUGAUCAUCGACGAUAUCGCCAAGGACCUUCAAACGACCACAGCUGUUGUUGGGAUGUUGCUCGCUUCGUACACAGUUCCAUUUGGUAUUUCAGGACCAAUAGUGUCUUACGCUCUCAACGUUGUAGGAUGUCGACCGGUAAUAAUGAUGGGUGGUGUUGUGCUGUCUGCAGGAAUAUUCAUCAUGGCAUUCGCAAGGCACAUUGCGUUCAUUUGGAUUGGAUACAGUCUGCUUGGAGGGAUUGGAGGAAGUGCCAUCUACACUGCAUCUACAGCUACCAUUCGACAGUACUACUCCGACCGUCACUAUGCUCUAGCUAAUGGUGCGGCAAUUACAGGCGUCUCCAUGUCGGUGUUUGUCUUUUCCCCAGUUCUCAGGGUCCUUGCUUCCUACUACGGAUGGAGGGGGGCUUUAGUGAUUGCUUCGGCCAUAUCGCUUAACACUGUUGUCAUUGGUGCACUCAUAAAACCUGAGGUCAUCAGGAAACGAAGACCGGUGGUCAGUGAUGACUGCAAAGUAUCCAACCUUAAUCAUGACAAUGAUGAUGAUGUGAAAAACGGCACACAUGAACUCCUGCUUCGAAAAACUUUCUCUGACCAACAACCUACUUCCUGUAUGGAGUCUUCAGAAACAAAAGACUUAGGCUCUUCUGUGGGAGCUGCCGAAAACCGUAGUGAAUCGUCUGACACCAAAGAAUGUUAUCCAUCAUCAACGGGUAUUCCAGCCCAUGGUGAUGACCGUCUCUGUGACUCAGAUGAAGAUAUCGACGAAAACAAAGAAUUGGUAGAAGAAGGUCUAGUAGUUUUGGAUAGACACGUUGAUGUCAAGUCUGGCGUCUCCAUGACAAAGGACAAUAGAUGCUCUCGAUCCAGUGUCUCUGGAGAAGACAAUCUUUCGAGUUGUCAAGAUUGCACCGGUAGUCAAACUGGAGUGAAUGAUAUCCCAAAUGAAUAUCAUAACCUUGAGAAUGCAAAGGUUGUACGAUCUACUUUCAGAAUAUCCAAACUUUGCAAGUUCAGUGCCAAACCCAUCAGCCGGACAACUUCCAUUUGCCACGCUGCACUUCUCGUUGCCAUAUUUUUCUUGUCAGGUACCUACAUGACGUGUAGUAUCUUCCUUGCCCCUGCUGGAACGCAUGGAGGACUCUCUCCCAUGCAGGCAGCUACACUCCUCUCUGCCGUAGGGAUUUCUCAAGCCGUUGGCCGUUUUUCCAAUGGCAUCAUAGUGAUGAAAGGGUAUGUGAAAACCACGCAUCUGUACAUAGGAGCACAGAUACUAAUGGCAUCGUCCUCACUGGUCCUGGGACUCCUGAUAAGGGUUUAUGCGGUUGCUGUCUUGGCAUCUUUGACCCUCGGAGUAUCUGCAGGGACUAUUGUCUCACUCAACAUCGUCAUGCAGAGGGUGAUCGAUGACUGUGCCAAUUCAAUCUCCUUGGGAUGGCUUCUCCUUGUCGAAGGUUUUGGAGGUCUUUUCGGCAGUUUGGCAUUGGGUUAUCUGAAGGAUGUGACUGGUAGCUUUCUUCUCACUUUCGUUCUGGCUGCAGUUUUCUCGUCACUGUCUGCUGCCCUCAGUGUUUUCAUCCUUAUUCUCAAAAGACGGGAAGCAAUGACCUUGAAAAGGGGCAAAUCCAGAACCAAAGCAAUCUGAUUUUCCAAAAACUGUUUUUCCCUUUUUAUGAAACAAUAAUGUUUGGCACGACGCUGGCUCCUGGCUUUAUUCUGUCUAAGAUGUAGGGUUAGGGCUAGGGUUGCAAUAGGGUUUUGUGUUAGAUUCAGGGUAGCAUGGUAGGAUAUGGUUAAUCCAAUGUGGAGCAAUAUUAUUGUCGCCGGAGCUGGCGAAAGAUCGUGAUUCGGCAUCGCCAUGCUCCACCAAAGUGCCAUCAGAGACCGUGUUGGGUGGGUCUGUAACGUCUGUAGUCAGAUACUGCGACUUAUUGCUACGGACUCUGAGAAAAGAUGUUAACAGCCACAAUUAUAUGAUUAUAGACAAGUAAUUAAAGACGUUAAUUUUGAUUUGUCACUCUCCAUCUAGGAGAUAAAUGAGUUUUGGAAAUUUUACCUUGCAUCCCCACUUCACUUUGCUAUAUUGUGUAAUUUGAAAUAUUGUGUUUAUCAUCAGUAUCGUCAUCAAUUUUUUAUGAUCUUUAUAUUACUAUUAUAAUGAUUCUUAUCUCAUUAUUUCACAUGCACAACCUAUAUAAAGAGAUAUAUACGUAGAUUCGAACAAUUUUAUAUCAUGUUUCUAAAUUACGCGUUUUUAUUGCUCAAUUACUUUUAUUAUUUUCAUCACAAUUGUCAUAUUAAAUGCGAUUGGUUAUAUUGAAAAAUUUAGGCUAUUAUGUACAUUAUGAAACAAGUAAUUUUAAGAAUGAAUCGAUCUUUGAUGUGAAUAGAGAAUCACAAAUACUCUUCAUAUAAUAAAAUAAGACUAUCCACUGCAAUGAAGCAGUGAGGGAAGAGAAUGUGCAGGCAUGCUGCAGUGGAAACCUGAAAACUGUUACCUGGAAAACUACGUCAAGAGGGAAAAAUAAUUUCUGAAGAAUACAAGAAAAAGUCCUCUAGUGUGUACAGGAGAAUAUGGACAAAUUCGGGGGACAAAUAAAGAUAUUGAAGAAUGAAUUGAGGGCGCUCGAGAACGACAAUGGUUAAGAGUGAAAUAGAGAGGGACAGUAGAGAGAGAGGGAGAGACACAUAGAGGGAAGAAGGGGGUGCUAAAAGCUUGAGAUAAAUUAAAUGGGAAUUCAACUGUGUUCAACUCUUUGAGUUAAUCCAGUAUAAUUAUGGUUAUGAGUGGUGCCAUAUCUGUUUAAAAAAAAUAUUCAAAUGCAGUUACGAAACGCUCAGAUCAGGGGCACGUUCGGGAGCAUAAUAACGCCACCUCGACGCCCACUGGCGUACAGAUGAG